AAAUAACGUAGUACUAGGCGGGAGAGAGUGGGGACACAGAGAGCGAUUUUUUGUAAUCGUAAUAUAGAGAGAGAAGAGGAAAGGAGUGAGGCGAGGGUUUCGACAAUGGGGUCAUCAUCAUCUCCGACUUCGUCCAGUUACUCUUCGAAUUCGUCACCGUUCGCUUCUUCGUCGAAGUUCUCUGGUCUUCCUGUAAUGUCUCUCAGAGAUAAAAUCGUUGAGAAGAUUCAAGAUAAUCGCGUCACUUUGAUAGUCGGCGAAACUGGCUGUGGGAAGAGCUCUCAAGUUCCACAAUUUCUUCUACAAGAAAACAUGAAACCCAUAUUAUGUACACAGCCAAGGAGAUUCGCUGUUGUAGCGGUUGCUAGAAUGGUAGCAAAAGCUCGUCAUUGUGAAGUUGGGGGCGAGGUUGGAUACCACAUAGGCCACUCAAAGGUCCUAUCAGAAAGAUCAAAGAUUGUCUUCAAAACUGCUGGAGUUUUGUUAGAUGAGAUGCGGGAGAAGGGUUUGAAUGCGCUCAAGUACAAGGUUAUCAUUCUCGAUGAAGUGCACGAAAGAUCUGUAGAGUCUGAUCUUGUUCUUGUUUGUGUGAAGCAGUUUUUGCUUAAGAACAAUGACCUGAGGGUAGUAUUGAUGUCUGCUACCGCUGAUAUUGCAAGAUAUAGAGAUUACUUCAAGGAUCUUGGUCGGGGUGAAAGAGUAGAAGUGCUUGCAAUCCCCAGUGCUGGUCAGCAUACAAUUUAUCAGCGAAGAGUUUCAUAUCUUGAACAGGUAACCGAACUUCUUGGAAUAAAGUCGGAGCUAUUGUCUUUGAAAUAUUGUUCUGGGCCAAGCCCUUCCAUGGCCGGAGCUGAUAUCAAGUCCGAAGUGCACACACUUAUACAUGAUUUGGUGAUGCACAUUCAUAAACAUGAGCCAGAUAUUGAAAAAAGUAUUUUGGUUUUCCUUCCAACAUACCACUCACUGGUGCAGCAGUGGUUCCUUCUGAAGCCUCAUAGUUCUUUUUUCAAAAUUCACAUUUUACAUAGCAGUAUCGACACUGAACAAGCCUUCAUGGCAAUGAAAAUCUGCAAGUCCCAUCGCAAGGUAAUAUUGGCCACGAAUAUUGCAGAAUCUUCAGUGACAAUACCAAAAGUAGCAUUUGUCAUUGAUUCAUGCCGUUCUUUACGAGUUUUUUGGGAUAGUAUUAGGAAGAAUGACUCUGCAGAGCUCACCUGGGUUUCAAAAUCUCAGGCUGAGCAGCGUAGGGGAAGAACUGGUCGGACUUGUGAUGGCCAGAUUUAUCGAUUGGUUACAGGAUCUUUCUUCAAUCAGCUACAGGAGUAUGAGUGCCCAGCGAUACUGAGCUUGUCGUUAAGACAGCAAGUACUUCUGAUUUGUUGCGCUGAAUCAAAAGCCAUUAAUGACCCCAGAGUCUUGUUGCAGAAGGCUCUAGAUCCUCCAGAUCCAGAAGUUGUUGAAGGUGCAUUGAGUUUGCUAUCUCACAUCCAUGCAUUGGAAAAAACAUCUCAUAGGAACCGAUUUGAACCUACAUUCUACGGAAGAUUGCUUGCCAGCUUUUCGUUAUCAUUUGAUGCUUCUGUGCUUAUACUCAAGUUUGGAGACAUGGGAAUGCUACGUGAAGGCAUUUUGAUGGGUAUAUUGAUGGACACACAGCCUCUACCUAUUCUUCGUCCCUUUGGACAGGAAAUUUUGUUUGAGGAGUAUAUCGAGUGCUACUACAGCACAGAUAAUAAUAAGGGUACUGCCCUAACUGGUAGAAAGGAAGUGGUAUAUAUGGCGAAUCUAUGUGCAUUUCAAUUUUGGCAGCGGAUGUUCAAGGAUAAGCACCGUCUUGAACAGUUGAAACACCUUUUGAACAUUAAUGGGAUGGAAGCUGCACAGCUACUGCUCCCCCAGUUAGAAGAAGAAUGGUGCUCUUUUCACAAUCUUGUUCAGUCAUCGCUACGCCAUGUCGCAGAAAUAUAUGAAGAUGUAUUAAAUUCAGUUCAUCGAUUUCGGCCCAAAUUUUUGGCUAAAGCUGAUGGUCUACCAUCUUUCUAUGAUCCUUACGAAUUUCAACAUACAUGCCUUCUCAACUCUCAGCCAAACAGAGAUGCAGAUGAUGAACACCUUGAGCCUGUUACUGAUACUAGGAAAUGUAUUGCUGUACCUUUUGUUGCUUCCAAUCACUUUCAAGCAAGUGAAGUGGCUGAAAAGUUGGCAACUAUAGUCAAAGAGAUAAGACUUCAAUAUAUGGAAGACGAAUCUAGCAAUCAGCACAAAGACGUUAGAGAUGAUGGUCCUCAUGUCACUGGGGAAGCUUCUUUAUGUAGAUAUUUUAUCAGUGGCUUGUGCAACAGGGGCAACCAAUGCUUGUUUUCUCAUUCAAUUCAAGCAAAAAGACCUGCUUGCAAAUUCUUUUUUUCUUUCCAGGGUUGUCGAAAUGGAGAUUCAUGUUUCUUUUCUCAUGAUUCAAGUCUUCCAGCUUCAUCAUGCAGUGGGUCAAGUGUAUGCUUGCCAGAAGACGGAGAAGCUGAUGCUGCAUCACUUCUCCAGUUGUUUCCCAAGUCUUCGGAUGGACGCAUACUUUUAUUAGACGACACAGAUUUACAUUUCUCUGCACAUCUCGCUCGCCACUGCGAUCCAUCAGUCAUGAUUUCCACAACAUGUCUGCGAGAUAGCUCCACAUUUGACCCAUCACUGACAGGUGUCAGAAUUCUUUGGGGUCUUUCUCAUCCUUACCAGACAAUCAUCUCCAAAACAGGGAUCCCUUGGAAUGAAGUUAAGUGUGUUUUAUGGUUUCCCAAGUUUGAUAGCUACAGUGAAAAUUGGGAAGAACACAGAACUGUCGUGCAAACUUUCUUCAAGUAUCUAGCUGUCCGGAUAUUAGCAGAUGCCUUGAAUGAAGUGCAAGUUAUACUUACUACAAAUAAUAUCCGAUUUUCUCAAUUACAGGUGGAAAAGUUGGGCAGGGAUAGCUUCUUUUUUCUUAAAGAGUCAUUUCCAUUUGAUGAAUCAAGCUUCGGAAAGUUGUUUGAUGAAGUCACCACCAAAAAACCGAUGUUGGUAUCAAAGCCUAUCUCUUACGUUUUUUAUCUGCACCCUCCUACUGACAUUCAGUUUGGUGAUUAUUCGGCUGUACUUCGCCAUUGUGUACACAAACCAAACCAGUUAGAAUGUGAAGAUGGUUUUUAGUGGUGGAAUGUGCAUGGGUUAGAGAUCACAAGUCAUGAUAAGAUUGCAUUCUGUAAAUUGAACUCUGUAUAGUGACUUUGCUUUUGGUUUACAAGCAUGAUCCCAUGUAUUUGUUAUUUUAGAAGUCUGGUGUUAUAACGUCAUCGUGAUAUUUUGAUAUUUUGUUUUGUAUACAUAGGCUCUUAGAUUAGCAGAAGCUUUUAAAGCCACCAUUUGCUCUGUGUUUGUGGUGUUGCUCUAAAGGCCUUUUAAAGUUCAGGCCAACGCAAUCUCAAAGGCACAUAUGAAACAUGUACUUACUCCACGAGUACUAAUUAGGCUAGUUUUGCGGGAUGGAGAUGCGCUAAAAAAGAAAGAUGGUGCUGUCUUUUUAUAUUUUUAUUUUAUACGUGAACCAUGGAUAUUUACCGAGCUGCUGAUGAAUUGCAUUUGAAAUAAACCAUUUUCAGCUUUGCAAUGCU